UUCCUUUAAAUAGGUCACUAAAAUGAAGCUUAUGCGUUAUUCAAAGAUAUAGAAUGUACCAAAUAAAGUAAUAAUUAGAGAGAGGUGCAGGAGAGAUGGAGAUGGAGAAAUACAAGCCAGCGAUUACGUUGGUGCUGCUGCAAUUUACAGUGGCAGGAGUUGCACUCUUCACCAAAGCUGCUUUCAUGGAUGGACUCAGUCCCGCCGUUUUCGUCGUUUACCGUCAAGCCAUCGCUACGCUCUUCAUCUGUCCCAUCUCUUUCUUCUUUACUUGGAGGAAAGCAAGCAAACCUUCUCUUGGAGUGAGAGGCUUUUGGUGGGUGGCUUUCACAGCUGUUGUUGGUGUGACUGUGAAUCAGAACGCUUAUUUUGCAGGGAUUGACUUAUCUUCUUCAUCCAUGGCUUCUGCCACGACCAAUCUUGUUCCUGCCGUCACCUUCAUCAUCUCCAUCAUUGUUGGAUUUGAGAGGAUAAAGAGAAGUUUGAAAAGUGUUGCAAAAGUAAUAGGAACAUGUGUGUGUGUGGGAGGAGCCAUGGCAAUGACUUUUCUAAAAGGACCUAAACUGCUCAACACCCUGCUGAAACAAGACAACAACACUUGGUUACUAGGCUGCUUCUUUCUUCUCAUUAGCACCUUCGCUUGGUCCUUCUGGUUGAUCCUUCAGGUUAACAUUGCCGUUCAUUGUCCUGAUCACUUGUACACUACCUCCUGGACUUGUUUCAUGGCUACCAUAGCCUCUUUCCUCAUGGCUCUCGCCUUAGGCAACACAGACUUACAUUCUUGGAAGCUUGAUUCCUCAUUGAAGCUCUCGUGCUGUGUGUACUCUGGACUCCAGUUGGCUGUGUUUUUCUUUCUACAAGCUUGGUGCGUGUCGCGGAAAGGACCUCUUUUCUCUGCACUCUUCAAUCCUCUUUCUACGGUCAUAGUCACUUUCUUUGGUGCUUUGUAUUUAAAUGAGAAGACGUACCUCGCAAGCUUGCUAGGCGCUUUGGCUAUCAUCCUUGGACUCUACAUUGUUCUCUGGGGCAAAUCCGAGGACUAUCAAGAAGAAGCAACAGACCUGAAGUUGCAAGAUGAACAUACUAAUCUCUCCCAACUUUUGACUAGUGAGUAGUGAUAAGGCGUUUCGGAGUUCCGAGCUCUUAGAACCUCUCCUCAUGUAACUUCUAUUGCAAGUCAGUUUCUGAUGACAACAAUAAAACCGCAAAAUGAAAUGGAACAAAAGCAAGUGCUGAUAUGCAUUAUUUAAAGAGAGAAAAUACAUUGAAAUGCAACCUUACAUACACAUAAGGGUCUAAUACCAUCGGAGUAAACGAUAAUGAGGAAUACGAGGAUAACAAUGUUGACCUGAGACACUUUUUUCCAGGAGUUUCUGAGGUUGUCGAGCAGACCGGCCUUACAAGCUUGGCAGUUGUAGCAUAGAGUUCCUUGUUUGUUGUCCCAUACGUUACAGUCCUUGUUUGUGCAUGGACCACUGGUGAAGUUACAGAUUUACAGUCAUUGGACGGCUUAGGGCCUGUUCGUUUCUCCAUCUGUUUAUCUUCAUUCAAAUGAUCCAUUUAUAUGGUCCA